GCCACGCUGUCAUUUCUGCUGUGAACAUCUCUCAUCUCAAUCCCCGCGGAUAAAUACGCCCGCGUACAACUCACCUUCCCGUUCCCCUGUUAAACCCCACCGCACCGCACCUAUCCCCGCAUCGUAGCAACAGAAGAAAGAAAAAAAAAAUCUCCUCCUCCUCCUCCUCCGCCGCCGCCGCCGCCGCCGCCGCAAUGCAGCGCCUCUCCAUCGGAUCGCCGGGCUCGAGACCCAGCCUGGAUGCCGCCCCCGCUGCGGCGGCGGACGAGGCGGACGAGAAGGCGACGGGGAAGGCGGCGAGGGCGGCCGCGCCGGACAAGUCCAUCCACCUCGUCCCCCUCCUCACGCUCCUCUGCUUCCUCGUCCUCUUCCUCUUCUCCCACGACCCGGCCUCCUCCCCCGCCAUCGCCGAUUCGCCGCCGGUCCUGGCCGUCACCGCCCGCUCCCUCGAGGCCACAGCGGAGACGACGCCGUCGAUGGCGCGCGGCGGCGCGCACGAGCGGAUGAAGGCGGACCCGACGCCGCGCCGCGGGCGAAGGCUGGGGGCGCCGCGGCGGUGACGGCGACGGCGACGGCGACGGCGCAGAAUCGGGGGAACACGGGAAGUGCUAAGGCUGGCCCACGUCCGCGCAAGCAGCUAGCCGUUGGAACGUACGACGCGGUCCUCAGCGCGCGUCUCUUUCCCUUGACCCCCGUGCCGCGUCGCUGGUGGAGCUUGAAUGGCCGCGAGCGUUCGUCUUCCUGUGGCCUCUAGAAAUUGGAUUGGUUUGGAUUGGAUUAGGUUACCAGCCAUCGCAAUCGUGAAUCAAACCAUGUGUUCAUACCCCGUCGUCAUUCUUCCCCCUUCGGUUGUUCACCUGCUAUAUUGAUUCUGUAAUUCUUUUCCGUACUAUUGCUACUACUGAUGAUCACGAAAUUGACGGAUGGAAUUCUGGUUCA